AUGAUCGGUGCCACAAGGCGCUGGUUCCAGCGCAAUCGCAAAGGCCUUGCGAUCGGGGCCGGGGUGAUAGGAGCCGGCUAUCUGGCCGGCCAGUAUGUGCUAUCCAAGAUCUCCGAGGCCAGAGAACGCAUGAGCAGUGAUCGGAUUGCCCGCGAAAAUUUACGCCGCCGAUUUGAGCAAAAUCAGACCGAUUGCACAUACACCGUCCUAGCCCUGUUGCCGACCGCCACCGAGAACAUAAUCGAAGCCCUUCCGGUGGAGGAGUUGACGAAGGAGCUUCAACAGAAGCGAGCGGAGAGAUUGGCUCGGCUGAACACUGGCGAGGCUACUGGUUCGGAUUUCAGCUCGGUGGCUCCUAGUCUACCGGAUGAUGCCAGCUUCCAGAGUGAAGGCUUCGUGCACACGAGCCAGGCUGGGGACUCGGAAGGUCAACCUCGGCCCAAACGGAACAAGACUCAGCUGUGGAAUGAAGUGAAGAUUACCUCUAUCACCCGCUCUUUCACCUUGAUUUACACACUCUCCCUGCUCACCAUCUUCACGCGUAUUCAACUCAACCUCCUCGGCCGCCGCAAUUAUCUUUCCAGCGUGAUCUCUCUUGCUACACCCCCUGCGAAUGCUUCCACGAUCAGCCUCGAAGACCAUGACGACGAACUCACACAAACAUUGGGCGAUGACUUUGAGACCAACCGACGCUACCUCGCAUUCAGCUGGUGGUUGCUCCACCGCGGAUGGAAAGAGCUCGUGCAAAGAGUGCAAGUCGCCGUCGAGGAGGUGUUUGGCCCACUGAACCCCCGCGAGGACAUCAGCUUGGCCAAGCUCUCGGAAUUGACUCUGGAGAUCCGCAGAAAGGUUGAAGGUAGCACGGAAGACGAACGGCGAUCCCAGAAAUGGCUCUCCUGCCUAUUGCCCCCGGCAGAGGAGGAAGAGUACGUCUUGCGGGAGUCGGGUGUCGAAGGCGUAGCAGACCCAUCUUCUUCGCAGACAGCUUUGAAGCUGCGUCAUCUCCUGGAUGAGACAGCCGACUUGAUUGACUCUCCCUCCUUCUCUUACGUGUUGACCCUUCUCAACAACGAAGGCUUCUCAACCCUCAUUGACCAGCGAUGUGCCGCCGAUGCUUUCAAGGCACCCACCUCUACCCCGGAAACUGCUCCUCAGUCCUUUGAUUCUAUCGCAACUGUCAUACCCUUAGCUGCCAAUGCUGAGCGCAAGACAAAGCUUGCCAAUCUCCUGGCCGUCAUGGCUCGCCAGGCACAUGUUAUUGGAAACGGCACUCAUUCGCCGAAUGAAUAUCUGGUUGCAAUGGACCAGAACGUUCGCGAGCUUGAGGCUUUCUCUGCCGUGGUCUACAGCUCGAAUUUUGAUCUUGAGCUCUUGGGCGCCAAGGAUCAAGUGGUGCCCCCACGGGAUACUGACUUUACGGAUGCCUCCCCGGCUUCUCCAUCCUUCUCUCAUGUUAUGGUAGAGAGGGAGGUUGAUGUUGAAGUAAACCUGAAUGAGGAUGAGGCUUCCAAGCCAUCCAUCGUUGAGCACGUUGAGUCCUCAGUUAUUGAACCACUCGAGGCGCUCACUCCUGAGCCGGUUGAGCCCUCGGUCAUUGAACAUGUCGAGUCCUCUGUGGUUGAACCUAUCAAGUCGCCCGUCCUAGAGCCCCUCGAAUCAUCUACUAGCAUUGUUGAGGCUGCUGAGCCCCGCGCUGAGCCCGAGGAGCCAGUCGCUACCGAGUCUCUGGCCGACUCUGCCUUUGAGCAGGCGUGGGGUAAAGCCGUCGAUGACGCCAAAGAUUCUCCCGUCGAGGAGCUCCCGACAGAGCAGACCCACACUCAGCAAUGA